AUUAAAUGUUAAAGUACAAUAUUAUUACUCAUUUUAUGUUUAAAAACUCUAGAAAAUUGUAAAAAACAAAAAAAAAUUUAAUAUUUCCAUCAAUACUACUUCAUACAUAAUUUGACUAACAGAUCUUAUCAUAAUGCACGGUAGAGUUAAAGUACGAACAUCAGAAGAAGAAAAGGCAAGAAAGGAAAAGGAGAGACAAGAAAAGUUAAAACAUUUUAAAUAUGCUAUGCUCAAGAUAUUUACAAAACGUAAGAAUAUUGAGCAAGAUCAAGAGCAAUUAGAUCUCACUGGAAAAGUUUUGACAUCUAAUCCUGAUAUUUAUACUCUAUGGAAUAUAAGAAGAGAAGUAUUAACCAUUUUGAGUAAAACCAGUGACAGUGAGAAAAAUGUUUCAAAGUUAUAUGAUUCUGAACUAAGCUUAACUGAAUAUUGUUUAAAAAUUAAUCCCAAAUCAUACUGUUCAUGGCAUCAAAGAGAAUGGGUGCUUACUACGAGAUCCGAUCCUGAUUGGAAGAAGGAACUUGCAUUGUGUGAUACAUAUCUCAAAUUAGAUGAGAGAAACUUUCAUACAUGGGAUUAUCGCCGUUUUGUGGUCAGUCAAUGCAAGCCUCCGCUGCAAGAAGAAUUUGAUUUUACAACUGAAAAGAUAUAUGACAACUUUUCGAAUUAUUCAGCUUGGCAUUACAGAAGCAAAAUGUUGUUAGAAUUGUAUCCCGAUUUGAAGGGAGGAAGACCAAUUCAAGAUAAUCAUCAUAAGCAUGAACUAAAAAUGGUUCAAAGUGCAGCUUUUACUGACCCAGAUGAUACAAGUGCCUGGUUUUAUCAGAGAUGGUUGUUAGGUGCAGUCAAAGCCACAGUUCAAGUUGUUGCAUUUAUUGUUACACCAAGAAAAACAACCAUUGCUUGGAACAAAUGUGUUUCGAUUGAUUAUGUAAAUAACAAUAUAAAUGUAUAUAUUAAUAAUAACAUAAUAAAUGGCAAAUGGAUACCCUGCAAUGCACAUGAAUAUGACGAUUUAUGGAUUUUGGAACACAAUGAAGAAAUCAACAAUAAUAUAGACAUAAAGAUUGAGCAUACACAAAUAGAUGAAGAGAAAGAAAUCAUUAAUUGCAAACAAUAUGAACCUUGUGUUUAUGUAGGAAAAAGUAAAAUUAAUUUCCAAAAUCAAUAUUCAGAGCCUGUUGUACAAGAACUGACCGAGCAACUGGAUGCAUGUCGACAGUUAUUAGUUUUGGAGCCUGAUAAUAAAUGGACUCUGCUAACAACAACCGUAUUCUUGCAUUGUAUAAAUGCAAAAUUAUAUCACAAAGAAGUAAUAGAAAAUCUACAAAUAUUGAAAGAUUUAGAUUCCUUGAGAGCUGGAUACUACAAUGAUUUAAUAACCAAGUGGAAUAUUGAGCAACAAUUACCAAGUGAUUAUCAAGACGAUAGUCUCCACUACAAAAGUGGAUCUAAGGAAAAGCUAACCAGUCUACCUCAUUUUCAAUAUUACAGUUAUUGCAAAACUGUUGAUUUGUCCAAUCAAGAUCUUACUUCAAUGACAUUACCAUUUUUAAUAAAGUUACAACAUUGUAAGGAACUGGAUCUGUCUGGCAACAAAUUAACUACAUUGAAAGAAUUUCCCAAUUUACAAUUAGAAGUAUUGAAUCUACAAGACAAUUCUAAUUUGAGUUCAGAAGAUAUUGAAUUAUUUAAAGAAAAGCAUAAAACAAUAAAAGUAAUAUUUUAGUUACCUAAAGUAAUAAAUAUAAUUAAUAUUAAUUAUUGUUUAUGAGGUUUUUAUUAAAAGAUUUAAAAAAUAAAAAUAAUAUUUGCACAAUAUAUUUAUAAUUUUAAAAAUAGAUAAUUUUAUGUGUUAAAUAUUUUUUAAUGUAUUUUGUAUAUAUUUGUAUAAUAAACGUAUGAUCACUCUUGGAUUGAUUUUCUGCAAAUUAUUUCUGAAUAUCAAGGCAUAGUGAAAUAAUUCUCAUAGGAGUCCAAAGAAAAUUUCAACAAUAUAUUUUGUAUUGUAUAUUUUGUUCCAUGAUAAUAAAUAUACAAAAGAAGAUGUAUAUUGCUUUAAUGUCAUGCAUAUUGGAACAGUUUAUAAAUUAUGUUUAACUGAGUUAAAACUUGUGUGUGAUAGUUUUUAGGUUUUACAUCACAAGUGCUUAAAACAAAAUUAAUUUGCUUAAGCAAAAUGUAAUGCAGCAAGCAUGAUAGCAAUGAUAGGUAUGUAAUUAAAAUAUUAAACUGAAUUAUUAAAAUAUUGCUUUUAUUAUUAUAUAAAAAUUGCCAUAUUUAUAUUAGGCUAAAAAACUUUUUUUACUUUAACAUAAGUAUAUACUUGUUGUUGUAUAUUAUUCGUAAUUAUUAUCACUUUAUAUAACAAAACAAUACCUCUUAAAUAUUAUUUGGCACAUAGUACCUCUGUAUGCAAUAAUUCUAUGAACUAUGUUUAUACAAAUAAAAAACAGAAUUAAUUAUGCAUUAACCAACUUUAUUGCUAUCUUUUGUACUUUUAACUUUACGCAUUUUUAAUCACUGAAUUGUAUUAUAGAUGAAAUUAGUUCAUGAACAGAUAUUAUCAAAGGAUCCUCAUCCCAAAACAAUUUACCACAGCUUUCACAAAGACAAGCUGUUUUGAAAGAUGUUGAUAAUUUCUGUACAUUGCUUAUAUCAAUUAAAGCACCCAUACUUGUCACACAAGAUUUAUUUUGAGAUGUUACGGGUUGGCAUAAAUAUAUAUCAUCUCCAUCUGAAUCACUGAGAAAAUUAUCAUAAUAUGGGUCUUCUUCUUCAUUAUCGCUUGCAUACCUUUUGUUAUUUGUAUUGGUAUUACUUGGCAUAUUAUACAAAUUACAAAUAUCAAUAACUUCACCUGAAGUCAGUUUUUUUAAGUCUGUAAAAUUACAAUGUAAACAUCUGCUUAAAAGGUCACUUCGUGUAACAACUAUAUUAUAAUUGGAAAAUGUGUUUUGCACUUGAUCUUUAAUAUUACCCUGACUUAAAUCUAAUAUUAAAUUUUGGGCAAAACGAGCUGUGGGUGAACAUUUUAAUUUAGCUGUUAAAAUAAAACGAUUUUCCAGUAUAGCUAAAUUAACUGUAUCAUGCCAUAGCUUUGAUGAAGAUACAACAAUUGUAUCAAUGCCACAAUAUCUGAAAUAUGCUAAUAAAUGAGAUAAUUCAUGUUCAACAAUUAUUUUUACAUCUUUGCUUGAUUUUGGUUUAAAAUCCAAUGUACAUGCCUGUAAUCUGUCUGCCACUGUAAUCUUCUUUACACUUUUUAAUUUUCUCUCCAACAUAACAUCAUUACAGAUGUCAUCAAAAUUUAUUUUUUGUUCAACACAUAACUUUUGCAGAUAAUAA